GUGCAGCAGAACAGGGCCAGGCCGAACCUUUGGGAGCGCAGCGCCUUGUGUGCUGGGACUGGGGCUGCCUCACCUUGCGCGUUUGCAAGCCCGGGCUUCCUGUUGAUUUUCCUCCCCUUGCUCCCCCAGGCUCGCGCCCCGGACGUGGUGGGUGUGCGUGCUGGAUUUCUCCCGGAUGCGCCCCGGCUAACAUGGAAGUCCCACCAUCCCUUGCAGUGGAAGGUUGCUCCUUGGCGCAGUGAGUGAAGAACAUGCAGCGAUUGCUAAUGGGUUUGGGAAGCGGAGACUCCUUCCUCUUUCUGUGACCAUGCCGUGAUCGUGUCCGUGGCUACCACUCCACGCAUCCUCGUUCCUGCCCGACCGGGAGCCUCACGCUAGAUCGGGGAAGUGGGUGCCGCGCGUGCAGGCACGGAAACACCAUGAAGAUUAUUUCCCCGAUUCUAAGUAAUCUAGUCUUCAGGCGCUGCAUUAAACUACUGCUGUGUUUGCUGUGGAUUGGAUACUCGCGAGGAACCACACAUGUGCUGAGAUUCGGUGGCAUUUUUGAAUAUGUGGAAUCUGGCCCCAUGGGUGCUGAGGAACUUGCGUUCAGAUUUGCUGUGAACACCAUCAACAGAAACAGAACUUUGCUGCCCAACACCACUCUGACCUAUGACACCCAGAAGAUAAAUCUCUAUGACAGUUUUGAAGCAUCCAAGAAAGCCUGCGAUCAGCUGUCCCUUGGCGUGGCUGCCAUCUUUGGGCCCUCACACAGCUCCUCGGCAAACGCAGUGCAGUCCAUCUGCAAUGCCCUGGGUGUGCCCCACAUUCAGACCCGCUGGAAGCACCAGGUGUCGGAUAACAAGGACUCCUUCUACGUCAGUCUCUACCCAGACUUCUCGUCCCUCAGCCGUGCCAUCUUAGACCUGGUGCAGUUCUUCAAGUGGAAAACCGUCACAGUUGUGUAUGACGACAGCACUGGUCUCAUUCGUUUGCAAGAGCUCAUCAAAGCCCCAUCAAGGUACAAUCUUCGGCUUAAAAUUCGUCAGUUGCCUGCUGACACGAAGGAUGCCAAGCCUUUACUGAAGGAAAUGAAACGUGGCAAGGAAUUUCAUGUCAUCUUCGACUGCAGCCACGAAAUGGCAGCAGGUAUUUUAAAACAGGCAUUAGCUAUGGGAAUGAUGACAGAAUACUAUCAUUACAUCUUCACCACUCUGGACCUCUUCGCUCUUGACGUAGAGCCCUACAGAUACAGUGGUGUUAAUAUGACAGGGUUCAGAAUAUUAAAUACAGAAAACACCCAAGUCUCCUCCAUCAUUGAAAAGUGGUCAAUGGAACGGUUGCAGGCCCCCCCGAAACCCGAUUCAGGUUUGCUGGAUGGAUUUAUGACGACCGACGCUGCUCUCAUGUACGACGCUGUGCACAUCGUGUCGGUGGCUGUCCAGCAGUUUCCCCAGAUGACGGUCAGCUCCUUGCAGUGUAAUCGACACAAGCCCUGGCGCUUUGGGACCCGCUUCAUGAGCCUAAUUAAGGAGGCUCAUUGGGAAGGCCUCACAGGCAGAAUAACUUUCAAUAAAACCAAUGGCUUACGAACAGAUUUUGAUUUGGAUGUGAUCAGUCUUAAAGAAGAAGGUCUAGAAAAGAUUGGAACUUGGGAUCCAGCCAGCGGCCUGAAUAUGACAGAAAGUCAGAAGGGAAAGCCAGCUAAUAUCACAGACUCCCUCUCGAAUCGGUCUCUGAUAGUUACCACCAUUUUGGAAGAACCUUAUGUCCUGUUUAAGAAGUCUGACAAACCUCUCUACGGGAAUGAUCGAUUUGAGGGUUAUUGUAUUGAUCUCCUCAGAGAGUUAUCUACAAUCCUUGGCUUUACAUAUGAAAUUAGACUGGUGGAGGAUGGGAAAUAUGGAGCCCAGGACGAUGCCAAUGGACAGUGGAAUGGAAUGGUUCGUGAACUAAUUGAUCAUAAAGCUGACCUGGCCGUUGCUCCGCUGGCUAUUACGUAUGUUCGAGAGAAGGUCAUCGACUUUUCCAAGCCCUUUAUGACACUUGGAAUAAGUAUUUUGUACCGCAAGCCCAAUGGUACAAACCCAGGCGUCUUCUCCUUCCUGAAUCCUCUCUCCCCUGAUAUCUGGAUGUAUAUUCUGCUGGCUUACUUGGGUGUCAGUUGUGUGCUCUUUGUCAUAGCCAGGUUUAGUCCCUAUGAGUGGUAUAACCCACACCCUUGCAAUCCUGACUCAGACGUGGUGGAAAACAAUUUCACCUUGCUAAAUAGUUUCUGGUUUGGAGUUGGAGCUCUCAUGCAGCAAGGUUCUGAGCUAAUGCCCAAAGCGCUCUCCACCAGGAUAGUGGGAGGCAUUUGGUGGUUUUUCACACUUAUCAUCAUUUCUUCGUAUACUGCUAACUUAGCCGCCUUUCUGACAGUGGAACGCAUGGAAUCCCCUAUUGAUUCUGCUGAUGAUUUAGCUAAACAAACCAAGAUAGAGUACGGAGCUGUGGAAGACGGCGCGACCAUGACGUUCUUCAAGAAAUCAAAAAUCUCCACAUAUGACAAAAUGUGGGCUUUUAUGAGCAGCAGGAGACAGUCUGUGCUCGUGAAGAGUAACGAGGAGGGCAUCCAGCGCGUCCUCACCUCCGACUACGCCUUCCUGAUGGAGUCCACCACCAUCGAGUUCGUCACCCAGCGCAACUGCAACCUGACGCAGAUCGGCGGCCUCAUAGACUCCAAGGGUUACGGGGUUGGCACCCCCAUGGGUUCUCCGUACCGGGACAAGAUCACCAUCGCCAUCCUGCAGCUGCAGGAGGAGGGCAAGCUGCACAUGAUGAAGGAGAAGUGGUGGCGUGGCAACGGCUGCCCGGAGGAGGAGAGCAAGGAGGCCAGCGCCCUGGGCGUGCAGAACAUCGGGGGCAUCUUCAUCGUCCUGGCCGCCGGCUUGGUGCUCUCCGUGUUCGUGGCGGUGGGCGAGUUUUUGUACAAAUCCAAAAAAAACGCUCAGUUGGAAAAGAGAUCCUUCUGUAGCGCCAUGGUGGAGGAACUGAGGAUGUCCCUCAAGUGCCAGCGUCGGCUGAAACAUAAGCCCCAGGCCCCCGUCAUUGUGAAAACAGAAGAAGUUAUCAACAUGCACACUUUUAAUGACAGAAGGUUGCCAGGUAAAGAAACCAUGGCAUAAAGCUGGGAGGACAAACGCCCAAGCACAAACUGUCGUCUUUUUCCAAACACUUUAGCGAGAAUGUUUCCUGUGGAAAUAUGCAACCUGUGCAAAAUAAAAUGAGUUACCUCAUGCCGCUGUGUCUAUGAACUAGAGACUCUGUGAUCUAAGCAGUUGCAAUGAUAGACUUGAUUUACGAGCAUCACGGAUCGACCAAGUUACACUGGGUUAUACUGUUUAUCAUGGGCUCCUCCCUUCUUCUGAGUGAAUGUCACAUGAGCAUUUUGUGACUGAUUUCAAAUGCAGUCCAGUGAGAAAUUACAGGUUCCUUUGGAAGCCCAGAUGUUGCCAGGAGAUGGAAUAUCCAUGCUCAACAGGAGUGAUCAGUAAGGGAAAAGUCUCAAAGAAUCAAAAUACUCAAAAUCAGCCCAAACUACAGGUUUACAAAAGCAACACUCUUUUAAAUACCCCAAUAAGAGAUAAUAAUGUUAGUAGCCCAUCUACUGAAUAUAACUGCCAUCUGAAUAGACAAUGUGUUUAUAGAAUGUGAAAAUGUAUGCAAAACACAUCUGAAUUCCUUGUCAAUUGGAAUAUAAAGCCGAUCUCUGUCUCUGUCUCUGUCUCUCUCUCUCUGUCUCUCUCCCUCUGUCUCUCUCUCUCUCUCUGUCUCUCUCUCUCCUAAAAGUCUGUGUCACUGAAUGAGAUAGAAAUGUAAAAUACCAAGCAGUAAAUUUUUUACUUAAAUUCACCACGGCAGGAGACUUAACACCUCUACCAGAUCCCUAUGUCUCCCCUAAUCACACAAGAAAUAAAAAUGCAAAACUUGGUUUGGUGAUUCUGAGUUAAAAGAAUUAUUAUUAUUAUUAUUAUUAUUAUUAUUAUUAUUGCAAUCUUUGUCUUUGCAAAAGAAGACUCAAUAUGGAUGGUCAGUUGGAAGACUGAAGCUUUCAUUCUAAGAUUCAGAUGUAUCAAGCCACACCCUUGUUCCUGUUGCAAAUGCGCCUGAUGGAGCCUGGGCAGAUGUCACUAGUCAAAGGAAAGGGACUUGUCAUCUACAGAAAACUGUCCGUAGACAACUUUGAAGUGGACUGCAUUUCUCAAUACAGUCACAAUGUAAAAUGAACAAAAUUCUUGAGCAGUUUUUUUUUCAAAAAAAUGUUCAGGUUUAUUUGUGGAAAUGCAAGCUUUCUAUGAAAAUAGUUUUUGUAUGGAAAUUUUUGUAAUACUUUUUAUCAACAAAUAAGAACAUGCGUUCCUGUCAGGGGUGUGAUGUCAAGCAUGUAUGGUAGUGCGUGUGCACCACCAACGUUUGGUGAAAACUAUUUUUAUCAAGAAAAAAGGAAUCAUAGAAGAGAAAUAUUUUCAGGUUAGAUAAUAUAAAAGCUAGGUGCACUACCACGACUGCUUACCAUGCCACACCCCUGGUUUCCACAAGGCUGACGACACUGGAAUGAACAAUUGUGUGUAAAACGGUAAAAGACACAGGUCUCUUGACAACAUUGUGAUAACAGUCAAGUGCACACAGUUUGCUGUUUGAAUUCAAUGCACAAAAUUUUAAAAAAUCCAUUAAAAUUAUGUCCAUUUUA